AACAUUUUGUGAAGUCACGAUAGAAAAAUUUUUCAGCUCGCCGUACAGCUCCCACCAAGCGCGCAAAAUUAAAGGCACUGUCGCCUGGAAAGGCGGUUGAAUCUAUCUGUUUUGAUUUAUUUAAAUCGAGUGAAGGCAAAACAUACGACGGAGAGAAAAAAGGAGGACGCCGAAGCCAACGGUCAGACACGACGACAAGACUUACUGGUUUAAACGCGGAGAUAAGGCUUAAUCUGGCGCUGAGACGAUGGUCCUGAGUGAGAAGGAGGCGGGGAGGAGACUGACUUCAGCGGCAGCCCGAGGAGACGCGGCGGAGGUGCGGCGGGUGCUGGAGGACUGCAGGGUUCAUCCAGACACGGUGAACGAAUUCGGGAAAACCGCCUUACAGGUUAUGAUGAUGGGCAACACCAGUGUGGCUUGCCUGUUGCUGGAGAGUGGUGCAAAUCCGAACAUCCAGGACCGCUUUGGAAUAACGCCGGCCCACGACGCAGCCCGAACAGGCUUUUUGGACACGCUCCGUGUCCUAGUGGACUUCGGCGCUGAUGUCAACGUUCCCGAUCAGUCAGGAGUCUUACCCAUACACCUUGCCAUUCGAGAGGGCUACAGAGAUGUGGUAGAGUAUUUAGCCCCCCGUUCAAACCUCGGGCACCAGGACACGCGAGGGGAUAAUGCGCUGGACAUCGCCAAGGCAACGUGCACUCCAGAUUUGGUGGAGCUGCUAAAACGACAGCUAGAGUCCACCUUAGCUUUUCAGUCAUAGAAAAAUAGUUCUAAGUCUAGAGCUUAACCUCUUGAAACAAUUCUGAAGUUCUAGAGCCCAGUCCUUUCAGGGCGGGUGCACUUUUUUCAUGUACAGUACUAGAUUACUAUGUGUUUACUUUUUUUUUAAAAAGAUGUUUAAUUGUUCAGUUGCAUAGUUAAAUCAGAAUACUAGAUGAAGAAUGUAGCAGCAGCAGUUUUGCACAGAGUGAAGUACCAGAGCUGGGAAUGAGGAACACUUUCCCAUUCCAGCUGUCUGGGUGUUUGCCAUGCACAAUUGUAAAUAGCUCUUUUUUCAUCCUUUUACAGCCAACAUUACAUUUGCUGCACGGGUCUGUGUAGAAAACUUGAACUGUUAACCUUUUUUUUUUUUUAAAGAAACAAAACAAAAACAAAAUGAAAAAAAUUUCAUGAAAUUACUGUUGCAUUCUCUCACUUAGUGAGGUUUGCAACAUGCACUGAUGAACUUGUAGAUUAUUUACUUAGUUUGUGUUUUUUGUGUGUAUUAAAACUUUAGUGUUUAUGAAGUGUAUAUAACAUUUUAUGGGAAUAUUGACUUAUUUAUUGAGAAAUUGUACAUAUGCAUUUAUGUUUACCGUGGGAUUUCUUAUGUUAUUUAUAAAAAUACUUGUCAACACCCCUCUGCCCUGCCCCCUAAAUGGAUGUACUGGUAUUGUUAUCACAUGAAUUCUUUGAAACAAUUAAAUGCUUAAACCAGA